GCCAAGGUCAAGGCCGUGACUCACGCUGUCCUUCCCGCGCCUUCACUUACUCUUACGGUCGGCAAGCUCAACAAAUACACACUCAAAAUGGCUAAACCAAACGUUUUCUUCGAUAUGUCUAUCGGUGGUAAGCCCGCAGGAAGAAUAGUCAUGGAGCUUCGAGCUGAUGUAUGUCCCAGGACAGCUGAGAACUUCCGUGCCCUUUGUACUGGAGAGAAGGGGUUUGGUUUCCAGGGCUCCUCCUUCCACCGUGUGAUUCCAGGCUUUAUGUGCCAGGGUGGAGAUUUCACCAACCAUAACGGCACUGGAGGAAAGAGCAUCUAUGGAAACAAGUUUGAGGAUGAGAACUUCCAACUGAAGCACACUGGUCCAGGAAUCCUCUCCAUGGCCAAUGCUGGACCAAAUACAAAUGGUUCCCAGUUUUUCCUGUGUACUGCAGAAACUAACUGGCUGGAUGGCAAGCAUGUUGUUUUUGGCAAAGUUAUUGAAGGCAUGGAUGUUGUGAAGAAGAUUGAGGGAGUUGGAUCGCAGAAUGGGACAACCAGUGCAAAAGUGCUGAUUCAGAAUUCAGGACAGCUGUAAACAGUGUCUUUAUAUGCUUUGGACAGUACUAUUAAAUUAAAACAUCUCCAAUCAUUUCCUUAAAAAAAUCCUUCUUUAAUUUAUAUUUCUCACUUAGUGUAGUGCUUGAUAAUGUCCAAAAUGUUUAAUUUUCAUAGACUUGAAUUAUGAUUCAUACUUUUACUAUUAUAUAAAAAGACAACCCCUGUAAUUAUCAUAUAAUUUUUGAACAUUUUAAGAAUCUCACUCGUAAUCUUUUACUCAAUUAUUCCACAAACCAAGACAUUUUCCAUGUUUUCUGCUGGUCUUGUACAUGACUUAACCUGUAUGUUCAAAGCAGUGUUUGAAAUAUUAAUGUACAGAAGUUGCUCUUUCAUAAUUAAAAAAAAAUGGCUUUAAAAAAUUCUCCCUCUUUUUUUUACUACUGGAUAAUUUAAUAUAGUGAACAUCAAUGUUGUUACCGAUCAUUGUUAUGUGAUAUUAGUGUUGUAACUGAAGUCCAGUGUUUAGGAAAAGAAUUUGUUUAUUUAAAACGAUUGUCAACCAUAGUUUCAUUUUUAUACGCAUUUUUUUUACCAAAACAGAUAAUUAUAGUUUAAGUUUUGUUCCAUAUACCAUUUUGAGAAUUAAAGAAGUUUUAGAACUUUAAUUUUAAUUGUGUUCUAUUAAGUGCAAAUGUGUCGAAUCCAAGCAAUUUGAAAUGCUUUUUGUAUUGUUUACUCACUGCUUCAAGGAAUAAAAUUUCUUCUAAA